AUGAGCACUGCCAGCGUGUCUCUUCCCAGACGCCUCGCUCGACCUGAGAUCUCAGCUGAGAUCCCACAGUCAACACUAGAGGCUGUGGCCCCUGAACUUGCGAACACACACCUUGACUACAUUCGCGAAGGACUGGAAUGUGUUGGGCCUGACAUGCUCCGUGUCCUUGCAGGCAUUAAAGCCGAACCUGUCUCCAACGUCCUCCCAAAGGAACUUUCCAUAAUCGUCAACAAUCUCUCGUCUGACAUGCCCACGCACAUGUUCGCAGUCUUCUCAUCUCGCCAGCCUGCCGCUGCUCGCCGUCGCGUCACGUUGUUCCCUGCACACAAUCUCGUCUUUGCCACCCACUGCGCAAACCUUCCCAUUCUGCCCACUCCCACACCAGCAUUCCCUGAGUGCGCAGGCCAGGAGAUCAAAGUGCCAGUUGUCCCCCUUUGCAUUCCUGCCCCUGAGGCUUUCCCUCAGCUCUCCACCUUCCUCUACACCAAACGUAUCGACCACCUCCUCGGGUCGCUUAUGCCUGUUGCCACGCCGCCACAACUCUAUCUUGAUGACCCUACCACUGUCAUGCCUAUCCUCACCGAGUUCGCUGAGAAACUCGCCGCGACAUAUACCGCACAAGCCCUGCUCCUGCACAUCUCUAACGUGCACGGCACAUGGCGCAACGCAGUUGCACUAGGCAUCGCUGACGAGCGGCUCUGGUGUGCCCUCGAUGUAGCAUGGGAAGUACUCCUUACUUCCCUCGCUAUUUCCACGGGAAAGCCUCACCUCAUGACGGAGAUCGCAUGA